UAGAAACCUUAAAUGUUUCUUUAAACUCGAAUAUUGGGUUAAUGUGAUGGCCUAUUAUGGUGAACUCGAUUUAGGUAGUCUUCAACAGUCUAAUUCUCAAAAUAAUCAAGUUAUCGGUCAGUAUUGUGCCAUUUGUGGGGAUCGAGCUACAGGUAAACAUUAUGGAGCAGCCAGUUGUGAUGGCUGUAAAGGUUUUUUUAGAAGAAGCGUCAGAAAAAAUCAUCUAUACACGUGUCGUUUCAAAAGAAAUUGUGUGGUUGACAAGGAUAAAAGGAAUCAAUGUCGAUACUGUCGUCUUAGGAAGUGUUUCAGAGCAGGAAUGAAAAAAGAAGCUGUCCAAAACGAAAGAGACAGAAUAAGUUGUCGAAGACCAAGUUACGACGAUGGUCAAAAUAAUGGCGGCUUAAAUCUUCCAACACUCUUAAAUGCUGAAUUGUAUUGCAGACAGAGAACUGGGGAAAUGGUAACGCCCUUUCCAACACAGAUGGGUUCUCCUAUGGUUGAGGCUAGCAUAGCUAACAAGAAAGUUGCCAAUAUUAGUGAUGUGUGCGAAUCUAUGAAACAACAAUUACUAAUUUUAGUCGAAUGGGCUAAAUACAUUCCAUCCUUUUGCGAAUUACCAUUAGACGACCAAGUAGCGUUACUACGUGCCCACGCUGGUGAACAUCUCUUAUUAGGUUUGGCACGCCGUUCUAUGCAUUUAAAAGAUGUUUUGCUAUUAGGAAACGAUUUCAUCAUUCCAAGACACUCCACAGAAGUAGAAAUAAGCAGGAUUGGUUCCAGGAUAAUGGAUGAAUUGGUGACAACUUUAAGAGAAGUGCACGUCGAUGAUACAGAAUUCGCUUGUUUAAAAGCCAUUGUAUUUUUCGAUCCUUAUGCAAAAGGUUUAAGUGACCCUCACAAAAUUAAAACUUUACGCUAUCAAGUGCAAACGAAUUUAGAAGAUUACAUCAAUGAUAGACAAUAUGAUUCCAGAGGACGUUUCGGAGAGAUUUUAUUGACUCUUCCAGCUUUGCAAAGUAUUACAUGGCAAAUGAUCGAACAAAUACAGUUUGCAAAAUUAUUCGGCAUGGCCAAAAUAGAUAACUUGCUGCAGGAAAUGCUUUUAGGAGCUUCCUUUCCGAUGACCGUAUCCGCAGGCGCACCACCCGAGACCGGUUCGCAGAUGCCACCACCGACGGGACCUCCGGCCACCCACACCUCCCUUCACCACGCCGUCCUUCACAAUCCAUCGGUGGACCACAUGUCCAAUGGACACGGAAGCCAUCAUCAUCCGGAUCCCGUAGCAAACGGACACCCAGAAACGCCAAUACCAUCACCGACGGACUCUUACAUCCAACCUCUUCCUCCUCACAUGAAGAGGGAAGUCGUAGAGCAAGAUCCCUAUUGACUCAUCACAUACCUGCUAGAGCAUGGACUUAAAGUUUAGAUUUAAAAUAGUUUUUACACAUUUUUCUCCUUUCGAAAUUGAAAGGAUCUUGAAAAAAGCUAUCAUCUUAUAUAUAUAUAUAUAUAUAUAUAAAGUGGAGAGAGUAAAUUGCUCCCUUUUCGUGUGUUUAUUUACAUUAUUGUUGAUCUCUUGAAACGUCACAAUGCAAGAGAAACGAUGUGCCUUCGUCAUUAUUUUUUUUUUAUAAAAAAAAGCACAUGAUAUCAAUUAUUGUGUAUAAUAACAGUGUUUUAAGAAAGAAAAAAGGCUCAAAAGUAUAUAUAUAUAUGUAAAAGGAAGAAAAAGUUGAAACCAUCGAAUUUAUUCAUGACUGUAUUCAUCUUCGUGUAACUUCAUUCAUCGACAUUAUUAUAUCUUUUUUUUUUUUUUUAAUUUAGACGUUUUAAAUAAAUAUUCAUUACUUAAUCUUCAUCAAAACUUGAACAAUUUAAAUAGUUAUACGUAGAAGACGUCGCUUUAAUAAUGAUUUUUAAGGAUUACUGUAUUUCUACCGCUAAAACUGCAUAUAGCUUUUUAAGUGUGGAGAUAAUUUUUCGAUGUAAAUAUUAUUAUUAAAUAUAUGCAAAUGAUUGUUUUGAUUCCUUGUUGAGGUUUAGAUAAAAUUUUAGGCAUAUUUUUUUCUUUCGGUUUCGUUAAUUAGUGUUUGUUGCUAGUUAACGAAACCGCUAGCGCCAUCUAGUCCAAAAUUUUAGAACUAUUCUAUUUAUUUAAUUUUUUGCUAAAAGACAAAAAUGUUUUUCGUUUUAAAAUGUUAUAAUGAUUGCAACUCCAGCUGUAUUUUUUAUAAUCGAUAAGCUAUAGAAUUCGCUAUGUUUAUUUUUAAAUCUACAACUAAAAGUUUUCGUACUGUUCAUGAAAUAAAUAAUUACAAUUUAUAAUUUUGUUUUAAAAUUCAUUUACUUUCGGCUCCUGUCAAGCAAAUAUUAGAAUAAACGCGUCUAAAACGUGUAAUGAUUCUACUUUAAUAUUUUAGACAAUCACAAACAAUUGUGAGUUCCGGCAUUCUUAUAUAACGUAGGCUAUUAGUCAAAUACACUACGUUCUGUUGCACACUAACAUUAAAUAUCCCUUUGAUAAUUCAAAUAAAAUAAUUUAAAGAAUGUGCAAUAGGGAAUUCAGGCUAACCUAUUCUCCAGUUAGCAAUGCCAACAGUGUGUCACGUGAUACGAAUUCUGUGAAUAGCCUUAUUGUAACACGUGACAUUCGCAUUGCUAAUGGCAUAACUCGUCCAGACAUUCGUUAUGAGAAUUUUCAUUUAAA